CUGUCCAAGAAGGUCUUUGUCAUCGUUGCGAGCGAUGGCAUGUGGCAAUUUCUGAGCUCCGAGUGUGUGGUGGAGGCCGUUGCCGCAAAAAUUCCCAAAGUGGGGCCAGCAAAGACCCUGGAGCUGCUGCAGCAGAAGGCGUUUCGAGAAUGGAGCGAUCACGACGGCAACUACUGCGAUGAUAUCACCGCAGUUCUUGUUCAGUUGUGGUAGCCACUCUCGGCGCUGUUUCACCUGCUUCGUGGCUUUGAAUUCGGAGGCACGGAGGCAGCUCCUUGAGACGUGGCAGACUUCAAAAGUUCCACCCAGCUGUGCGGGCCAAUCAAUCCGUGAAGGAUUCAUGCAAUCCGUGAAGGAUUGGGAUGAAGCGCGCAGGCAAAACCAAGUGCCGUCCGAGUGGUGCUGCAAGACAUUUCAUGUCAUGCCACAAAUGUUUUGGGCUAAUGUUGUUACGCUGUGUUGAUCCCUGGCGGAGGCAGACGUCGCUGAUCGUGGACCUCGCGUCUUUGCGUUUGCCUUUGCCCUAUCUGGAGCGGCGCCAGGCUUGGAUGGCCGGCCGCAGGCGGUGCGAAGGUUCUGAACUUCGCCGAUGGACUGCUGCCAAGCAAGGAGUUUGUGUGGCAAAUCGAGGCUGAAGAUGCCAUCCGUUGGCCCCGAACAUUGUUUCGGCUCUGGUUGGCAAUUCCAUUUCACCUGCCCAGAUGGAUUCGGCUGAGGUGCCCUUUGGGUUUGCAUGAAAGGCAGUGGGGACAACCCGAGUGUCUAUCAAUGCUUCUGUUGCCAAGGUGCAGGCGCGAUUUGUGAAAGAGUGCGUGUGAAACGUUGUUUUAAGCACGUUAUUGGUGUCGAGCUUGUCCGGCUCAAAGCUCGGAGCCCACAAUGCUGGUCUCUUUUCGUGUGAAGUGCUCCGACACGCGCCUGGGCUUCCAUGUGCGUGUAGUAGGAAGCACUCCUGCUUUGGGAGCAUGGGAUCCCCGCAAAGGGAUUGCUCUCACCACAUCCCCGGACGACUUCCCUGUGUGGAAGAGCGCUGCACAACUCACAGUAGACAAGGGGAGCAUUUGCGAGUACAAGUACAUCAUUUGUGACGACACUGGUGCCACUGUUCAGUGGGAAGAUGGCGCAAACCGCACUCUGUGUGUUGUUGAGGGACUGGCUCCUCCCAGCGUGCUUUCCAUCUCGGAAAGCUGGAUGACCUACGACCCAGACCAUGUGCGCUUUGGGCACGCGCAACCCAGUGCUCCGGGAAAAGCAUCUGCGAGCGUGGCCGGAGGCGCCGUUGAGUUUAUCCUGAAAUGCGCCGAAACACGCGUGGGAUGGCACGUGCGCGUGGUGGGUAGUCCCCCUGCCUUGGGAGGGUGGGACCCACACAAGGGCAUUGCCCUGUGCACAUCAGCGUCCGACUUCCCUGUGUGGAGAUCGCAGCCCAUACCUCUGGAAGGCGAAGCUGAAUACAAGCUUGUCAUUUGCGACGACACUGGCCAUGCAGUAGUCUGGGAAGAGCGCGCCAACCGCACCAUGAGAGACCUUACUUCCGGCGGAUUGGCGCCGUUGAGCAGCGUGAUUGCAGUUUACGCCGUCUGGGGUGCGCAGGCCGAUGACCAAUGUGACCUCAGGUCUUCUGAUGCAAACAGAACUUUGUGCGCCCCACGGGCAUCAACGCUGCUUGAGCGGAACGCGUCGAAGAGCGAUCUGGACGGCAUGACUUCUGAGCGACAACAAGCCCGCAUCGAGCUCGAGAAGGCUCCAUGUCAAGAUUUGCUGAACAAGACCUUUGCAACGAAAGUGAGAGGCCACAUUCAUGGUCUGAUUCAAAAAGGAGAAAGCCACAGAGAUGACCGUGAGCGAGUGUCCUUUGGGUCGAUUCCUUCAGCCCCGCCGGCCUUCGUGGCCUGCCAGAAGGGCCACAAGGCUUUCAUGCAGUCCUGCAAUCAGGACAACUUCUCGGUGACCCAUUUCAACAGCGGCCACACGCUGGUCUGUGCCUUUGAUGGGCACGGUCCUUAUGGGCACUUAGUGGCAACGCGCGCGGUUCAGACAGUGCCGUGGUUCAUGGUCAACGAGAGCGGCUUCAGUGGGGCCGUUGAUGAAGAGGCCGUAGAGGAGGCCCUGACAAGUGCCUUUGAGAAGGCGCAGAGAGACCUGGUGAUCCACUCGUUGGAAAACCAUUGGGAUGUGGAGUGCAGCGGCUGCACCGCAGUGGCAGUUCUUUUUAAGAAGGACAAGGUGUGGACCUGCAAUGCAGGUGAUUGCCGGGCUGUGCUUGGCUCUGAGGUUGACGGCAAGGUGAUCUUCGCGACCGAGGACCACAAGGCACACAUCCAGAGGGAAAGGGAUAGAAUUGAAGCGAUGGGAGGCGAGGUUCUUGUGCAGACUGGUGGUGGAGUGACCACCAGCCGCGUUCUUGCCGCAGGUGGGAAGGUUGGGCUUUCAGCUGCCCGCGCAUUGGGUGACCAGUCGCUCAAGAAGUACGGUGUGUGCGCCACUCCUGAGGUGGUGCUCACAACUGUGGACCUGUCCAAGAAGGUCUUUGUCAUCGUUGCGAGCGAUGGCAUGUGGCAAUUUCUGAGCUCCGAGUGUGUGGUGGAGGCCGUGGCCGCAAAAAUUCCCAAAGUGGGGCCAGCAAAGACCCUGGAGCUGCUGCAGCAGAAGGCGUUUCGAGAAUGGAGCGAUCACGACGGCAACUACUGCGAUGAUAUCACCGCAGUUCUUGUUCAGUUGUGGUAGCCACUCUCGGCUCUGUUUCACCUGCUUCGUGGCUUUGAAUUCGGAGGCACGGAGGCAGCUCCUUGAGACGUGGCAGACUUCAAAAGUUCCACCCAGCUGUGCGGGCCAAUCAAUCCGUGAAGGAUUCAUGCAAUCCGUGAAGGAUUGGGAUGAAGCGCGCAGGC